CGGGGGCGAGAAGGCAAGGCUCUGAGUUCCUUGAUAAGGCAAACCAGACCAGACUAGAUCAGACYAGAACAAGCAGACCAAAUAACAARGCAUCGUACUCCACUCCAUACGCCGUGAACUAUCGCUAUCGAGCUACCAACAACCCAUCGAUUCUUUCCAAGAAAGAACAAACAGGAAUUCGAAACGGUACGUGUCAAUAGUGGUAAUCUAUCCAAACCGAUCCAUCCAAUUCCACCGAAAGGCAUCAAAACGAAAAGAAGCCCGAMUCAACUAGCAAUUUUGUUCGAUACGAAGCAAAAGAGGCAGUUCGGCUACAUACCGCAUACAUUACUUUAGUGUUAUAUCAUAUCGUUACAUUUUCCAUUAUCGCAUCAUCGCUUCUAUACCACAAAGUAACAGGAAGGUAAUUGAUUUCUUAGAACUACAUCGAACACCAGGAUUUGUUCGUAGACUAACAAAGUAUAACAGGCAUACGUCCCGCAGGCACUCCUAUGGAACGCGACAGACCCCCGGAAACCUACGAGGAUCUAUGGGCGAGACACCUCACGGGUUUGAACGCGGUGAUUGCCGAGUUGCAGCGGUGCCCGAGCAAGGUCUUGCGGCCAGACGAGGCAUUGCAGGGCCAAAGGGCCUUGCUGCUGUCCCGGUGCAAGGCCGUCAUGGGCGAGAUCACCACUGGCUACUUUCGGGAGUACGGGCACGGGUAUCGGAAGCAGCCUUGGCCGCAGUCGUCCGCGGAACGCGCAAGCAUGGGGGCAGAGGUACAAAGACUCGAGCAUCGGAUCCUGUAUGAGCUCUACCCCUCCAAAACGCUGCUCGAUCGUGCAUCGGUGGGGACCAGGGCUCGGGCAAAGGCAAGCAUAGUGGGGACAAAAGCAACCGCGGACGUAUCCACCGAAACACCCCCAGGGAGUAGGGAGGAAUGGCUCCCACCCGAUGCCGAGGCAGAGACAGCUGCCACCGCUACAAAAACAUCGCCACGGUCGACACACACACCUCAAUCGCUGUGGAUUCGAUGCAGCCGCUUUGUCCUCCCCAUCACCGCCGCAACGAUCGCCGGCAUUGUGUUUGCGAGAACCGUGACAGUGGGAAACUUUGUGGUGCCACGCACAAGAACCACUACCUAAAAACAUUGCGACGGUGGAAUAUCAAACACGGAGGAAGACCACAAGAGCCAAACAAUUUUGAAAACUCCUUCGAUCACGACAACGAAUGAAGAUCAUCGUGCGAGCAGAUUAAACCUUUUCAUUGCUAGGAGGGAAGGUCUAUCUUAAUUGCAAUGCUUUUCAAGAUGCGUAUCUUGAAGACAAUAUCAUUGCAAGAUCCUGAUCCUUCUAGUACACAGCACUUCGCGAAUUCGACAUUCAAUCAGAUAACGACGAUAGCAGCGCAUACAUAUCCCGUUUGUGGAUUAAAGCACAAACGUGAACGUAGAAAAGGAAUUUUGAACAAACCAAUUUUCAGCUGUAGUGCCUAUCGGGAAAAUUUGUAACUCUAUGAUCGAAAAGCGGCAUUCUAUUUACUCCCAAAAGAAAGAUUCGCUUCGUCUUACUUUUUCGCGGUCAUGAACCGGAACACAAGCUCAAGGCACCGCUCUUGCUCCUGGAGGUACAGAUAGUGACCGGUCCCACUUAUCGCCACGGCCUGGCUGAUGGACCGCGAUUCCUUGGCUUCUCGCUCCAGCAAGCGCAGCGUUUGCUUAUGAUGAAACUGUGUCCGCUUGUUGGGCCCGUAUAGGUACAGGAUUGGUGUGUCCUUCCAGUUGGAGUGGACCGUCCCUGCGAGCAUCCCCAUUUUCCGCAUAAGGUUCCAAUAAGGGUACGACAUGUAGAUUAUUCGAGAGAGGCUCAUCCUCUCGGAAUUGCUGUGGCCAACAUUAUUUUUGUACAGUGCCUUCGGAGAAUUCUCGUCAAAGGAGUACAGCGGAUCCAAUCGCAGGCCUUUCAGGACAAAAACGGUGCACAGAAAGAAGACUACCGCCAGAUACUCGGAACAAUUGGCCCGUAGCCAAAACGCAAGGCCAAGGAUCACCUUGUACAGUACAGUGAUCGCGGCCUCCAGUGCCGUGAACCCCUCAACUGGAUUGUAUUUUCCCUGAACACGAUCCAGCGGAGGCGGCAUCAGGACGUCGAAAAACACGAUGCGGUCCAGUGUCGGGGGUUGGGAUUUGUCCGCCUUGUCUUUCUCCUCUUCUUCGAGGCGCUGGGCCCACAUGGUGGCUGGCACAACACCCCAAUCGUGAAAUAUCCCCGUGAGAGCCGCGGGUUUGUCUCCCGGUGCUUUUGAUGCGGCCCGUAGAGCCCUCGCGGCUGCCCUUAUGGACGAGACCAUUUCGUCAAAGGUGUACCCACUGGGAUUGUGCUCGGUCCAUGGAACCCCGUCGGCUGGGCGAUCAUCAUAGCCUGGUAGACACAUUACACCGACCAGGAUGCCUUUCUCGCUCAGGGAUUUGGCAAAGGGCCUGAAGACGGUGUGGUCGUCCGGAAAUCCAGCGCAGCACAGCGCCAUGCGAGGGCUGGAAGGGUCUCCGAAGAGAUAAAGUGCGGAGGAGCCCUUUGCAUUGUUGCUGGAUUCUUGUUCGCUGCUCGAGAAAGACGUUUCAUUGUGGUAGUGGACUAUGGUGUCGGGUUGGGGUGGAACCGAUGGCAUUUUGUUCGGGUGGUUUGUUGGUGAUGGUGUUUUCAUUGUCAGCAUUUUUGGCAGACACGAUGGGUGAUAAAAUAUAAGUGUCGAAGUUUAGGAAGAGUGUUUGUGCGGUGCUCGUUGUAUUUAAUGACACGGCACCUCCAGUCUUGGUAUCUGAUGUAAGGUGCUUGGUGUUCUGUUCAACAUUUGUUUGAUCUCAGCCAUUCGCUGAAUCCAUAGUUCAAUCUUUUUCACAAACAUUGGCUUGUCUUCUUUCCUUGCUCUUCCGACGCCACCGUGGAUACCAUGGGCAAUAACCGGGACCAAUAUCCAAAUUACUUCGUACUGCGAGGAAUUUUUGUUUUUGGGCAGCGAGUCGGUCGAAUCGAAUCUUCGUCGGAAUGAAUAGCCUUCUUUUCCGAACGGCUGUAGAACGGAAAAAAAGAAUGUGACUUAAAACAACCUUUGGGAAUCACACGAGCCAUGAGGGAGUCAUUCUGAUCAUUUUUGGUGAUAAAGAACCAUCUAGAAACAAAGUACGAACUGUAUGCUUGUACUAUUUGGGUGAAUCAAGAAUUAAAGUUUUCAAUCCAUUUGAGGUUCAUAUCAAGUUACUGUACCCGUGGAUGCACAGAAACAGUUUUUAGUACGACAAUCUUCUAGUGUACCUACCGGUACCGGUAGGCCUCAUAAAUUUAGAGGGGUGCACAACGAAUUUUCUCCCCCUUGUCAAAAAGCAAGGAAAAAGAUAAAUUCAUAUUCCACGU